UGUAAGAGAGGCCUGUUAGCCAGAGGCACUUAACUGAGUCUUCACAAGGUGAAACACAUCCAGACAAAUGUUUUCAUGUUUGUGAUUUUCUGUAUUUUUACUGAAUUAAUGUUUGAAUAAGAAACAGUACAUUGUGGUCAGUGGCUUAUCUUGUUACAUGUACGCUCCAGAGUGAACAAGGUGGACUUGUCAGCCAUCCUCUUUCUUCUAAAUAACUACCUAAAUAAAAGCACCAGCAUAAACCCCCCCACUCUGUGUAGAUGCUUUGUGUAGACAUUACAAGCAGGUGUGCAAGGAGGCGUGGCCUGUUCAGGAAGGUCUGGAGUCAGUAGUGAGUGUGGAGUUCGGCAGGAGAAGCUCUGAAAGGUUUUUUCCAGUUUUAUUGAAGUUAAGAUUUUAAAAAUGCACAGGCUGAACACGUUGCUGCUUGUGCGUGUUGCUGUGUUGUGGUUCUACCUCCUCCUUCCCUCCCUGCUCUGUGACAACAUGAUGUGCUACUACAGCCCCGUCUUGGAGAAGGAGAAGAAGUUUGAGCUCAUUGCGACUGUGUGCCCUCCUGACGAGCUGUGCUUCAAGGCCGACGGUCGCUAUGGAAACCACAGCGCCCUGUCUGCCAGGGGCUGCAUGGCGAAGAAGGACUGCGGCCAGGUGCACAAGCUCCGCCUCAAAGGAACCGUCUUCACCAUGAGCUACAACUGCUGUAAUGAGGCAUACUGUAACUCCAGCCCAGGGAUGGCAGCCACAUCCCUCUACAUCACAGUAACACUGAUGACUUUACUUGUGAUGGCCCGGGGCUUUUGAAUUACAGACUCCUUUGAGUUCAUGUCAUUAGGAAAAAUGUGUACCGAGUUUCCAUACAACUGAGCAGAGCUCGAGCAUCUCUGCAGCCUCAGCAUGGAGCAAUGCAGAGGGUCUGCAGUGGUUGCACACUCAGUACUAAGACACUGAGAUGUGCAACAAGGAGAUGCUGGAGAAUCGACUUCGAUUUUUAAAUAUACUGUAUUUAUAUUUUAAUAUCAUAAAUAAACAUAUAAGUAAGA